AUGUGUUCGCUUACGUUUGUGUUUCAUAGCGAGGCGCGCCAGAGAUUCAGAGGCGUAGCCAAAAUAUCGGCUGCCCUCUGAAAAAAUGCUCUGCUUGGCUGCCCACACCUAAAGAGCCAUACCAAUGCGCAGCCGAAGCCGUUCGCGCGACAGGCGAGACAGGCGAGACAGGUCUCGCAGCCGUGGACGUCGGAAGCAUUCUUCACGGGGAGAGCACCGAUCGCACCGGUCCCGCUCGCGCAGCCGCGAGCGAUCGAGGCGGUCGAGAUCACGCCGUGAGCGAAGCCGCCGCUCGGACGAGCCGCCAAGACCACGAUUGACGGGCUUCGCCGCGGACCUGGCCGCGGUCGAGGCCGCCGCCGCGCGGGGCGACGCCGAGGCCGCGCUGCGGCUCGCGGCGGCGCUCGCCGAGGCGACGCGGGGCUACCUGCCGCGCGGCGCCGGCCUGCGCGACACGCUCGCGCUCGCGUGCCGCCGCGGCCGCGUGCGCGAGGCGACGCGGCUGCUCGAGCGCGUCAAGGCCGCGCUCGGCCCGAAGCAAGCCUCGCGGCGCGCGCGGCCCGUCGACGCCGAGACGUUCGCGGCGGCGCUCCGGGCGCUGCCGCAGGUGGCGCGCGUGCCGCCGGGCGACGGCGCGGCGCUCGCGCGCGCGCUCGCGGCCGUCGCGCGCCUCGAGCCGCCCGCGACGGCCGAGGGCCCGGUCGCCAACGACGAGGACGCCGCGGACGUCGCGCGGCGCGCGGCGCGCCACGCGGCCGGCGACGCGACGGACUCGGAGGACGAGCUCGGCGCCGCGGCCGCGCGCGCCGCGCGCCGGGCGCACGCGCGCGCCGUGGGCUUCGCGGCGCGGCGCUGCGGCUGGGCGGCGCUCGAGCUCCUCGAGGAGGCGCGCCAGGCGGGCGACGCCGCGCGCGCGGGCGGCGCCGCGAAACGAAUCACGGGAGCGAAGCUCACCAAGGGCCGGCGGCCCGACGAGGUCGAGUGCGACGGCGCCGCGGGCGCGGGCUUCCAGAGCGGCGAGGCCGUCGCGCUCGCGCCCGUCGGCGACGCCGGCGCGGCCGUCGAGGCCGAGGUCGCCGCGGCGCGCGGCGGCCGCCUGCUCCUCCGGUGCGGGUUCCGCGACGACGACGGGGGCGCGGCCGACGACGCGCCGCGGCGGCGGCCGCGGCCCGACGACGACGCGCACAUCGAGGAGCGGCGCCGCGACGACGCGCGGCAGGCCGCGCGGCGGCGCCUCCUCAGCGCCGCGGGGGCCUCCUCGACGCCGGCGCGGGGCGACGCGGCGGGGCUCGCCGGCCGGCUCCGGCGCGCCGCGACGGGCGCGGACGUCGUCGCGGCGCUGCUGGCGGCGCGGACGCGCUGGCGCGUCGAGCCGCUCGGCAACCGCGUCGCGUUCGAGCGCGCCGUCGAGGCGGCGUGGGUCCUGGCGGCGGCGGCCUACGCGCCGCUGCGGGGCGAGGCCGCGCGGCCGCGCUACGGCGCCGCGCCGCCGCGGGCCGCGCCGCCGUGGUGGUUCCCCGCGGGCGCCGUCGCCGGCGCCGUCGUCGGCCUCGCGCGCGCGGGGGCGGAGGACGACGACGACGCGCGCUGCGCCGUCGCCGACGGCGGCGCGCCGCUGGACGAGGACCAGCGCCGCGCCGUCGAGGCCUGCGUGGCCGGCCCCGCGAGCGUCGCGCUCGUCCGGGGCCCGCCGGGCACGGGCAAGACCGCCGUCGCCGUGCGCUGCCUCGCGAGCUGGGCGGCGCGCGACGCCGGCGACCGCGCCGCGGCCCUGCCCAAGGUGAAGGUCGCGAACGGGCGGCUCAUCCAGGUGAAGCGCGACCGGCCCGCGGCCGAACCGCCGGGCCCCCGCGUCCUCUGCCUCUCCGAGUCGCACGUCGCCGUGGACCACCUGCUCGAGGGCCUCGUGGCCGCGCGCGUGCGCGCGGUGCGCGUCGGCGCGCCCGCGCACUGGCGCGACGACGCGCGGUGCCCGGCGGCCGCGCGCGCGCUCGGGCGCCACUCGCUCGAGGUGCUGUCGCUCGAGGCGCGGCGGCGGGAGAAGGCCGCGGGCGGCGACGACGGCGCGCAGAACGCCGCGGCCUGGGAGGCCCAGCAGGCGCGCCUGCGCAAGGCGCACGUGCUCUGCGCGACGUGCGUCGGCAGCCGCGCCGCGGUCCUGCGGGGCCUGCGGUUCACGCACGUGCUCGUCGACGAGGCCGCGCACGCGACGGAGCUCGCGGCGCUCGUGGGCCUCGCGCGCGGCUGCCGGCGGCUCGUCCUCGUGGGCGACGACCGGCAGCUGCCGGCCUCCGUGGCCUCGCGCGACGCGGCGCGCGACGGCCUGGGCGCGUCGCUCUUCGAGCGGCUCGCGGCCGCGGGGCGCGCGCCCGUGCUCACGCUGCGGACGCAGUACCGCAUGCCGGGCCCGCUGCGCGCGUUCCCGUCGCGGCGCUUCUACGGCGGCGCGCUGCGCGACGCCGCGACCGUCGUCGCGCGGCCCCCGCCGCGCGGCUUCGCCUGGCCGCGGGCCGACGCACCCGUCGCCUUCCUGAGCGUCGCCGCGGCGGAGCGCCGCGAGGGCACGUCCUGCGCCAACGACGCCGAGGCGGCGGCGGUCGCGGACGUCGUCGCGGGCCUCGUCGCGGGCGGCUCGGUCCGGGCGGCGGACGUCGGCGUCGUGACGCCCUACGCGGCCCAAGCGCGCCUCGUGCGGGAGAAGGUCGACGCGGCCGUCGAGGUCGCCUCCGUGGACGCGUUCCAGGGGCGGGAGAAGGAGGUCGUCGUGGUGUCGACGGUGCGCGCGAACGCCGGCGGCGACGUCGGCUUCCUGAGCGACUGGCGCCGCGGCAACGUGGCGCUGACGCGGGCGCGGCGUGCACUCGUCGUCGUCGGCCACGCGCCGACGCUGCUGCGCGAGCCGCUGGCCUGGGGGCCCUGGGUCCGUUGGUGCUGCGCGCAGGGCUGCGUCGUCGGGAGCGUGGCCCUGGACGUGGCGCGGGCGCCGCCGGCGGGCGCCGCGGGCUGGGACUGGGGCGCCGACGUCGAGCCGCUCGCCGCGCCGGCGGUCCGGGUCCGGGCGGACUCCGACGAGGACUCCGAGGACGACAACGCCUCGCCGGCGUCGCCGGCCUCCUCGGCCUCCCGGUCCCGGUCCGAGUCCCCCGCGUCGGAGGGCGGCUACGAGGAGGCCGCUCCGGCCCCGGCCCCGGCCCCGGCCCCCGCGCCUGCGGCGGAGCCCGAGCCCGAGUCCGAGGCCGCGCGGGCGGAGCGACUGCGGGCCAAGCACCUCGAGCGCAUGGCCAAGCACCGGGAGGCGGCGAAGCGCUUGUACGGGCAACGGUGA